AUGGAUUUUCUCAAAAACGUAAUAGGUGGCGGGCAGAAGCCAAUUCCCGCUGAGGAUACAGACUUUGCAGACUUCGCUGCCGCGCCAGACCCGUCUCCGAUACCCAUACCUGCAUCGCCUGCGGAUGCGGCAGCCGCCGAACCCACAGGAGCGCUGGGACGAGGUCCUGCGGUGCCCUACACAAAAUGGUACCGCGUCUGGGAGCGGACCCAGGUAUCAGACUUCUACCUAGAGAUGACCAUAGCGCCGUUCAUUCUCUUGAUGCUGCUGAUACACCUGUGGGGAUCAUCGACGAAUAAGCGCAAGGCAAGGAAGUGGAUGGCCGUUCACCAGCCGAUCUUAGAGAGCGAGUUCGCUCUUGUGGGCUACCAUCGUGCACCGAAAGCGUCCUCCGAAGGACCCGAGGGCGGCAAUCUGCUCGAGGCCGCGAACAAGCUCGAUGGCAAGAACCUCGCCGACGAUCUCCUGAAGGAGCAGACUGCGUACGAGUAUCAGACCUACGCCAGUGGAAGGCUGAAUGCCGCAUUCAUGGAUGCCAAAAUCAACCUCCACCGACGCAUGAACCCGGUGCAACUUCUUUCCGAGCACAUUGCCGGCAUGUUCUUCGAGUCGGUAAAGCCCAAGAAGGAGCGCCUGGAGGCAGUGCUGUACACUUUCGACGGCAAAGAGAAGGAUUUCGUUCCACCAAGAAUUCCUGGCGCGGAAGAGGUUGAGAAAUCCAAAGGCACUGGGAACUCAUCUUACGACCCGUUCGUGCUGGCCGUCGUCAACAAGCUGGAGAUGCGCAAGUUCCGCGACGACCGCUACGACGCCUCGCUUACCUUCACCAAGGACAACGCGAAACUGCCGGACUUUGUCACAGUCAUGAGCGAGAGCGCCGAGAUCACGGAUGCACUGCUCAGUAAGGAGCUCAUAUCAGCAGUCGAGAAGGCCGGCGACUUGUUCGAGUACCUCAUCAUCACUGACCAGCCCACCGACAAGCCAUCGACCUUGGACGAGACGGCUCCGAAAAAGCGUAUUCAUCUCAGCGUCCGUCUGCCAAGCAACGGCGAUUACAGCUCGACACUGCCUCUCUUCCAGGUGUUCCUCCGCCUGCCAGACGCGUUGGUAGCAAACGCGCACUUCCGGCCCGAAGUCAUGAAGAAGGUGAAGGCAGUACGAGAAGCGGAGAAGUCGAAACUGAAGAAGGUUAGUGAUCAAGCUGUGGAGGAAGAGCGGGCUCUGCAGAUGGAGAAGCUGAAGAAGGAGGAGCGGGAUCGCAAGCUCAAGGGCAUGAGUGCGGAAGAGCAGCGGAAGUUUCUGGAGCGGGAAGCAGAGAAGAACCGGAAGAAGCAGGAGAAGAAGAUGCAGAGGCGUGGCUAG